AGACCCUUAAAUCGCCAUCCCUAAAACACCUCUCAACUCUCAAGUUUCAGCACUGCUGCCCUCCCCCUUACCACCUUCGGCCUCUCCGCCUCUUCUCUGGUACAGCCGUGUGCCUCCCGCCGAUCGUCCCUCCGCUCUUCACGCUGUCAACGUCGUUGCGGCGUCCGCUGGUCCUGGUUGCUUCUUCGCUCUCCUCCUCCGCUUCCUCUGGUCCUCGUCGCUGCAUCCGCUGGUCCAGUCCUGCCGCCCGGUUCUGCUCCUUGCUGAAGGCAGAUUCUGGCGAGGUUCAUUCUGCCACGGCUUGAGUGAUAGGUUCAUUUUUGCCUGUUUACAUGGACGGUAAAUUUGGGUUCUAUCGAGCGGAUUGCGAAUCGAUUCUCUCACAUCUUAAGCACCGGGAGAAACAACUCAAACUCAAGAGAAGGUGGUUGAUGGGACUGCCAAUGUCUAAAUCUGAAAAGCAGCAGAUUUUACAGUAUAGGUCAUUGCCUGAAUCUUUGCUUAGGGAUGAUGAUGUAUUCUAUGAGAUUGUGAAAAGGCGUGUUGAAGAAGCUUUUGGAUUACAUAAUGACAAAAGGGAAGAUAAUACUGUCCAAGAAUGUAAACCAGUCUCUGGCAUGUCCAACAUGAAAAGACUCCUUCUGUCAUGCCUUGAUGCUUUGACAAAUAAAGGGCUUUUCCUUCUCGCGAUGAUACUGACAAGAGGCUCAGUCAACUUUAUAAAAACCCGUCCAAAGAUGAAAAAGGUGAUCAAAGAAUCAAUUCCAAGGGUUCUACGGAAUCAAAACAAUAAUGUACAAAAAGAUCUUUUUACACAGCUAUCUCAACUUCUCAGGGACCCACAAAAUGUCCAAGACCAUUGUUUGACACUUUUGUUUCCCACGUGUCAUUCUCAUCAUGCCUCUGCUAUUAAGAUACUGGAAAGGCUUGAGGAUUUGCCUUCUGAAACCCUGCUUGCUAUGCACAGGAAACUUAGAGGUGUCCCAGCCGUUGCUCCUCGUUUACAACGAAAGAGACAUGGAUUGAGCCGACGAGAAUUGAUUUAUAAAGUGAGGAGGAAUAUUGAGAAAAUGCUUUCAGAACUUGGUGAAGGGAAAGACAUGCAAGCUCCACUAGCCAAGGCACUUGCUGUAGCAGGUUUAUCACUAAAAUUAACACCAGGAUAUUCAAAUUCCUUUGUGCAAGACUUUAACUUGUUCUCACCAGAAGUAAAGAACUUGCAGAAUGAUAUAGUAAAAGCCAUUUGGUUGCUCAAAACAAAGGUUAGAGCACCUGAGCUAAAAACCUUGCAGCUUCUGUUAGACCCUGAUGCCAAAGUCCCAAAUGGGUGUCUAAGAACAGCAAUGAAGAAAAUGUUAACUGAAUAUCUGUUUGAAUGCAGUGAUUUGGAUACUAUUCCCAAAUCAUUAUUGGAAGCUCUCGCCAUUAUCAACAGGAGUUCUAGAAGUACACCAAGUGGAUGCUUGCUAAAGGAUGAAAUUGAAGAAGAGGUUGAAUGCAUAUUAAGUGUAAGUGCUCAAAUGAAGCAGAUAGUCAUGGAUUUGCUCCCUGCCCAUGAAUUUGAUGAGGAUUUUUCUGAUGCAUACAUGGAAGAAUUAGAAGAAAGUGAUGAUAGUGGGGGUGAUGAUGAUGUUUAUCAUGAUGAAAAUGAUGAUGAUGGCCAGUAUGAUAAAGAUGAUGUUGUUUCUGGUGGUGGUCAUCAACUUCAACCUAGAAACAUUGUGAGUAGUAGGACUUAUUCUAUUGAUUUGGACAAUUUAGAAGAGAGUUGUUCGGAGUUUGCACCAAUGGAUUCCAAGCCAUCAAUUUCUAGUCCUAAUGGGAGUUGUGGUUCCACUUUGUGCCUAGAGAAAAACAAUGUUGAUGGCAUGCUUAAUGAGGAAAUAGGUUGGUUUGAAGUAGGAAAUAUGGGCAAAUUUGAGACAUCAAGAGGAAAUGGUUUUCCCCCACACAUUCCUCCUAUUGGAAGGUUAAAUAAUGUAUUUAUCAAAGGAAACAAGCCUGAGCAGUGUACUACAGUAGAUUCUGGAAAUUCACAUUUACCCUCUUCUAACUUUUGCUCUAGAAAGGUAGAAUUUACAUCCAGCGGGAAAGAUUCACAUACCAAUAUGUAUCUAGGCAUCCAAGAAGUCUGUGAUGAGAUGAGCAUGGUUUCUUACAAUGUCAUUAGUUGUAUGAUGGAGAAGUUUGCACAGGAAGAAGGCUUAUAUUUAGAUUGGAGUGAGAGUUUGUAUCCUAGAGGGGAUUACCGAAGUCAAGAAUAUCAAGAAAAGCAGAAUUCUCCCAAGAAAAAUGUAGAUGGUUCAGUUAUUGUUCAAGUUGUGGAAGAGCUAGUACCUUCCUUUCCAAAGAGUAAAAUGGAAAAACUGAAGGAGUUGAUAGGCAUUCUUUGACCCUUUGGUCACUACAAUAUUAUGAAUGGAAAAACUAGCAAGAGAUAUGACUAGAGUGAACCAUUUCUUCAUUUUGGUAGAAGGAGAAGCUACUGGCAGGCUUCUCAGAUAUGAUCCUCCAACCAAAACUAUUCAUGUAGUGUUGGAUGGAUUGGCAUUUCCAAAUGGAAUUCAGCUUUUUGAGGACCAAAGUUUCCUUCUAUUAACUGAGACUACCAAUUAUAGGUAAAGAAGAGUGUGCACCCAUUUUUCUAUUACUCUUACUACAGUGUAGGAACUUUUGACAGCUAUUUUAUACAUGCUGCUAAAAGAAGAAAAAAUUUAUAUAAAACCCUUUUAACCAAGUCUUUUUUUUAAAAAAUACAAUAAAAAUUUCAACAUCUUUGAGCUCGAGGGGAAAUUUACUAUGCAGCUGUUUUAUGUACAACCAUUUUAUUGUGGCCAUUGUUUAUGGCGGGUCCCAUGUAGAUCUCACCAUGUUCAAUGGUCAAUAUUUGUACAUGACGGUUGUAUGGAAUAAUCUUAUAUGUUGAUGCAUGUAGCUUUAUCUCUUUUGACUUUUC